AUGAUCGUCCUAAGCUGGAACUGCCGGGGGCUUGGGAACCUUCGUGCAGGAACUGUACUCUCUCAUUUGGUGAGAGAAAAGGCUCCCGAUAUUUUGUUUCUUAUGGAGACAAAACAGACAGUUGAUGAGAUGAAACUUAUUCAAGCAGAUUUACACUAUGCUUCUAUGCUAGCAGUCCCAUGUGUCCAUAGAGCGGGUGGACUCGCAAUGAUGUGGAAGGCAGGUGUUGAUUUACACGUGCAAACUUUUUCUUUGAAUCAUAUAGACGCUCGAAUCAUGAAUAAUCAACCUACACCUUGGAGAAUAACAGGUUUCUAUGGAAGACCGGAGGCACAUCGAAAACAUGAGUCUUGGGAACUAUUAAGGCAUCUGCACUCUAGAGACUCCAUGCCGUGGCUGUGUGUGGGUGACUACAAUGAGAUACUGUCAUCAGAAGAAAAGCAAGGGUGCCUCCCACGACCACACAGACCAAUGGAGGAUUUUAGACAAGCACUAUUACACUGUGGGUUGAGUGAUCUUGGUUUCAUUGGGAACAUAUUUACCUGGAGGAAUGGGAGACCGGGAAGGGCUUUUGUUCAAGAGAGGUUGGACCGGGCAUGUGCAAACACUAAAUGGAGGGAGAUUUAUCCUUUUGCAAGAGUGCAUCAUCUUCAUGCGGCAUACUCCGAUCAUGAGCCAAUCUUAAUUAAAACACAGGAAGUCACACAGGUUACAAGUAGAAGACGAAAGCCAAAGAGGUUUGAAGAAAGGUGGGCUUCGGAUCCAGCUUGUGAGGGGGUGAUCCGUGAGGCAUGGGAGGGAGUGAACCUCACGGGUAGUCCUAUGUACCAAUUAUUUGAAAAAAUAAAAGCUUGCCGCAUGGCCUUGGUGAGGUGGAGCCGAACUUUAGGCAAUUCUAAGGAGCAAAUUGAAUCGAAGUACACUGAAUUGGAAGCACUAACCUCUAUGAACCUAGCCGAAAACCAAGACCAGAUUCACAAAGUUCGGGAUGAGAUUAAUUGUUUGCUCUUAAAAGAUGAAAUGUUUUGGAGGCAGCGAUCUAGGGCUAUUUGGCUACUUGCAGGAGACAAAAAUACAAGAUACUUUCAUCAGAGAGCCAGCCAACGAAGAAGAAAGAACCAUAUCCAGGGAUUCCUUGAUGAGCAUGAACAAUGGUGUACAUCGGAUGCUGACAUAGCCAGAUUGGCUGAAAAGUAUUUUCAGAAUUUAUUCACAACAUCAAACCCAACAAAUUUGGAGUCGGUCUUGGACUCGGUGGAUAAGGUGGUCCAUCCAGAUAUGAACCAUGCACUCCUUCAGCCCUACACACCAGAAGAGGUUAGAAAGGCUUUGUUCAGCAUGCACCCCUCAAAGUCUCCAGGUCCCGAUGGUAUGUCUCCUUUCUUUUUCCAAAAAUUCUGGCAUGUAGUAGGUGAUGAUGUCACGAGUGCUAUUUUAUCUGUUCUACAUUCAGGCCAUUUUCUGCAUAAGAUGAAUUACACACACAUUGUCCUUAUUCCAAAAAUAAAUGAGCCAAAAAAUGUAUCUGAUUACCGGCCUAUUAGUCUAGGAAAUGUUGUAUCCAGAAUUGUCUCUAAAGUGAUAGCAAAUCGCUUGAAAUUAAUUCUGCCCAAUGUAAUAUCGGAUUCACAAAGUGCUUUUGUUCCAAACCGAUUGAUAACUGAUAAUACAACUGUAGCUUUUGAGGUGUUACACAGGAUGAGGAAUAAAAGAACAGGAAAGAAAGGGCAGAUGGCAAUCAAGCUGGAUAUCAGCAAAGCCUAUGACCGGGUUGAGUGGUCUUUCCUUCGGCAAAUCAUGCUAAAAUUGGGGUUUGAUGGAAGGUGGGUGCAAAUGGCUAUGGAGACAGUUCAUACAGCAACAUACUCGGUGCUCAUUAAUGGAGAACCAAAGGGGUAUAUCUCACCUUCAAGGGGCUUAAAACAAGGAGACCCACUAUCUCCCUAUCUAUUUUUACUAUGUGCGGAGGGCCUUUCUUCCCUUAUACGAAAGGCUGUGGAGACAAAACACCUACAUGGGAUUUUAUCUUGUAAAAAUGGAGUAUGCAUCUCUCACUUGUUGUUUGCAGACGAUAGUUUUAUUUUUUGCCAAGCCACAAGGGAGGAGGGGCAACACCUUCUAGAUAUUCUUGGGAGGUAUGCAACUGCUUCAGGACAAGCUAUAAAUAGUCACAAAACUUCCAUCUUCUUUAGCAGAAAUACAAGGGAUUCGGUUAAGGCAGAAAUACAGGCACUAUUAGGGGGCAGAAUUAUGGAAGAUUGUGAACCAUACCUAGGCUUGCCCAUGACCGGUGGAAGAUCAAAGGUCAACACUUUCAGAGGCUUACAAGAGAAAAUUACAAAGAAAGUGAUGGGGUGGAAGGAGAAAUUUAUUUCAAAGGCUGGAAGGGAGAUACUCAUCAAAACGGUGGCCCAAGCCAUCCCCGCAUACACCAUGGGAAUUUUCAAAAUCCCAAAUGCCUUAUGUGACACUCUAAACUCCACAAUAGCUAAAUAUUGGUGGGGCCAGACGAAGGAUGAAAAGAAAAUUCAUUGGAUCAAUUGGGAAAAGCUGUGCAGCCCAAAAGCAAGAGGAGGGAUGGGGUUUCGAGACAUACAAGCUUUCAAUUUAGCCUUGCUAGCAAAACAAGCAUGGCGACUUAUCCAUAACACACACUCACUGUUCUAUCGGGUGUACAAAUCAAGGUAUUUCCCAAACUGCUCUUUCAUGGAUGCUGAGUUGGGAAAUAAUCCAUCCUAUGUAUGGAGAAGCUUACUUGCAGCAAGAAACAUCAUACGGAGAGGGUCCAAGUGGAAGGUGGGAGAUGGUCGAACUAUCGGUGUCAGUACACACAACUGGCUAUCUCAUGAACCGGAUUUUCUGGGUGAACAACAGCAGGGGAUGAUGGUUGAGGACCUGAUAGACGGGCAUACGAAACAAUGGGAUAGGGAGAAAGUUUUCAACCUCUUUGCACACAGGACAAGGAUGGAGAUUCUGGAUACUGCACUGCCACAGGAUGGAAGCCGAGACACCCUGAUAUGGAAGGAGACAAAAUCAGGUGCUUUCUCGGUGAAGUCUGCCUAUAAGCUAGCUAUACGGAUGAGGGACAUUGUUCGGAGUGAGCACUCAGAAGCCAGAAGAGACGAAUCAAGCUGGAGGAAGGUGUGGCGGUUGAACGUGCCACCAAAGGUCCGUAUGUUCCUCUGGAGGGCAUGCUCAAAUAUAUUGCCAACCAGAGAGAACUUAAACAGGAGAAGAGUGCAGGUAGACCCCAUGUGUGGUAUGUGCUGCCAGAAGCCUGAAUCAGUUGGACACCUUUUGUGGGAAUGCCCCCUAGCAAGGAACGUAUGGGCUCUCUGUAGUGGAAGAAUUCAGAAAUGCCCCAAUACAGAAGGUGAUUUCUUUAUGCUUCUCCAAAGGAUGGUGAGUAAAUUAGAAGAGCAUGAUGUGGAGAAGUGGGCAGUCAUAGCGUGGGCAAUCUGGAACGCAAGAAACAAAUAUUACUUUGAACGGAUCCAACUCCAUCCAAGAGACAUACUGAGGGGGGCUACCGGAUUCUUGCAAGAAUAUCAGAGAUUUAUGCAGGCACAGCAGCAGAACAGAGAGGCCGAGAGUCAACAGUGA